AUGAAAGGAAGCAAGGCGAAUCUCUCUGCAUUAGCGGAGAAAUGCAAAACUAUAAUCGUUUCGAACUGGCAAGGGUAUCUAAACACCAUCAAACCUGAAGAUAAAGCAAGUAUAAUACAUACUUCAAAGAUCAAGUAUGUGAUGAGACGAGGAAAGCCUUAUCUCUGGGUACCAGAAAGUGAACCACACAAUGUCAACAUAAUGUUUGAUGAACGCGGAUCGUUUUCGAUAUCCCAUCCGUAUCCUGGUCCCCUUGCAGCUUUGUUGAAGUUAGUAGGAAAGCUUCCAAAUCGUGUUGCUCUUACCGGAGAAAUUAUCCCUGUAAAAGAAAAGAGGGUUGAGGCGGUAAGUAAAUAUGUUGAGGCAGCUAUACAAUCAGAGAUGAGAGCGAUUAGAGAGUCCCCAAAUUCUGUUCGUAGUAUCGUGAAUUCUUCCAACCCGAUUUAUGCCUCCCGGUGUGAGGGUCUUAAAGCCCUGGUCGAUGGUGGAAAUGAAAAAUACGUUAUUUAUAAGUUUGUUCCAAGCUCAUGCAUGUUUAUUGACCCGAAUGGUGCCACGAACGAAAUAGACUUGAAGGUUUUAGAACUAUCAGAAGCAGAUCCGCUAGGGGCUUGGUCUACAAAACUUGUGGACGGAAUCAACAAGGACGAAUCGAGAAGACGGGCUUUGAUUCUUUUCUGUUUAUACUAUCUCGAUAUAAACGCAAGGGAUGCGUAUAUGGUAUCGGUGGAUAAGAAAGGUUUCUACUUGUUGGGGAAGGUACCGAGUGAAGAAGAAGGCGGAGAUGAGUAUCAAUGGAGAGAGUUUAGGUUUGAGUUUGAAGAAGAGGUUAAAGACGUUGAAGCUUUUUGCCAUCAACUUAUGGAAAUGGAACAAGAAGUUGUCAAUAAGUUCACUAACCAUACCGAGGCGCUUGGUCCGGUUCAAACGCGGUUUAACGCGUUCAAUUCAGGUACGUUUCUCUCUGCAUUGAGCAAACCACAAAGCUCCGGCGAACGGCCGUUCGUACUCUCCGGUGUGACAGUGGCUCUUUCCAAUUUUACACUUCAGUAA